CAGAGCGGACCCGAGCCAUGGCGGACGGCGGCAACGCAGUGCAGGCCCGCGCGCUCCUGCAGCAGUGUCUGCACGCUCACCUGCAAGUGCGCCCAGCCGACGGGGACGCCGCGGCUCAGUGGGUGGAGAUCCAGAGAGGAUUAGUGAUCUACGUGUGCUUCUUCAAGGGAGCAGACAAAGAACUUCUUCCCAAGAUGGUUAAUACGCUGUUAAAUGUGAAAUUAAGUGAAACAGAAAACGGCAAGCACGUCUCUAUCCUGGAUCUGCCUGGUGACGUUCUUAUCAUCCCUCAAGCCACCCUCGGGGGCAGAGUGAAAGGAAGAAGCAUGCAGUAUCACUCUAACUCUGGGAAGGAGGAAGGCUUAGAACUGUAUUCCCAGUUCGUGUGUCUGUGUGAAAAAGCGUUAGCCGCCAACACCAAGUGUGCCGAGGCAGGGGUGGUAGUGGCGCACGGCACUUAUGGGAACAGGCAAGUGUUAAAGCUGGACACCAAUGGACCAUACACGCACCUAAUUGAGUUCUGAAAGAUUUGUUUCCACAUUCCACAUUCGUUUCCAGUCUUCCUGGUAUAAAAGAACCUGGACUCUUCCUAGUUUUUUUUUUGGUUUUUUGUUUUUGUUUUCCUUUCAUCUUGAAGACUCAGAUCUGCAAGAAAACCCUGGAUCCACACUGGGCAUGGUGGCACAUUCCUUUAAUCCUGGCCCUCGAGAGGCAGAGACAGGCAGAUUUCUGGCGCUUGGAGGUCAUCCUGGUCAACAUAGCAAACUCAAGGACAGCCAGGACUAUAUCAAGAGACCCUGACUCAAAAAUAAAGAAAUGGGAAAAAUAAAUGAGUCAUUUGUAAAAGGCAACACUGUUUUUUUGCAAACUCCUCUGACUUGACUUUAUGUUUUUUAAGAGUGUAAAGUAGAGCAUAGUGAUGACUCAGUAGUGAAGAGGUUUUGCUAUGCUUCCAGAGGACCUGGGUUCAGUGCCCAUCAUGGAUGGAUCCUAACAGUCUAUACAGGGCUCCCAUAUGUACAAGCAUACACAUAAAUAAAAAGUAAAUAUUAGAAACUCUAAAGUGUUUUGAAAGUGAAAAAUAAAUAUUUCUAAUUACCAGAAUUAGAUGUCUGAGGUAGCGGAAGAGUCUCCCCUAUUCUGUUCUGACACUUUAAAUUCUGGUUGCACACACACCCUGAAAUCCCUUUUAUUAAGCAUCUGAGGUAGUGGAGGAAUCUUCCUUAGUCUGCUCUGACACUUUAAAUUCCGGUUGCACACACACCCUGAAAUCCCUUUUUCAUAGCUUUCCUGUACUGUUCUAUUUUGGAACUUAAGAAUCAAUAGCUUGAGCUCAUUAUCCUUAACUUUUGUUUUAUUGAUUCACAAUACAGUUGUUGAAAUGUAAUAAACUAUUCAUAAGCUUAGAAACCCCAUUUUUUCUUAAAUCUCCUUCAAGGACAUGUGCGUGUCUUUCAAAAAGAUUACAUUACUUAUUUUAAGUCAUUUUGAUUUUGUGCCUAGGUAAAAUGCUGACUCACAGCCCUAGAUGGAGUUGAAGCAAUUCUUACAAAAACUGCCUGAGAUGCUUGUGGAGAAAGGCACUCCAAGUUCAUGGCAGGUUGUUAAUUAGAAAUGAUGGCAGAUAGGGGAGGAAUCAGGAAAAAUAAUAGAUUUGGAAAUGACUUCACCUUUACUUUUUGUAGCUUUUUUGCCCAAGGGGCUCAAAAACCCAUCAAUAUACACAUUUGAUUUUCAUAUCUAUAAUGAGGAUAGCACUAUACACAGAAAAGUCAUUUUCCCCAGGUCAUCCAAUACAGAAGAGUCAUCUCCUUCCUCCAACUUCUAUAAUGAGACUUGUUGCCAGUUAAUUCGUUUAUUUACUAAAUUAGGCACAAGUUGAAUUGUCCCUAAUGUAGGUGCUUUUUUGCCUCAGUUUUUCUAAGAUUUUAGAAUGUUUCAAACAAUAUACUUCCUAAAUAUUUUUCAGAGGUUUAUUUUUUACCGUGUGUGUCUGUCUGUAGGUAUAUCCACGUGAGUGCAGGGGCCCUUGGAGACUAGGGGCUCCCCUGGAGCUGGAGUUACGGGUGGUUGUGCCUGAUGUGGCUGCUAAGACAAGCAACACAUGCUCUUAACCUCUGAGCCAUCUCUCCAAGCACCCCUGAGUGUUUUUUUUUAAUUUUCAAUUUAGAAUCUGGUAACCACUUGUAGAAAAUAAUGCAUAUAAGAUGCAACAGAUGCGGUUUUAAUGUUUUGAACACACUCAUGUAAAGUAAAGUGGGGGAACUGGAGAGGUGGCUCAGUGGUUAAGAGCAUGCACUCUCCAAAGACCAGAGUUCAGCUCCCAGCACCCACAUCAGACAAGUCACAGCAUCCUGUAACUCCGGCUCUGCCCUGCACUCACAUGUGCACAUGUGCACACACACACAAUUUUUUUAAAAUCUUAAAAAGCAAAAUGAAGCACACCUUUAUCGUUACUUCAAAUUAUAUAAAAAGGGCAGAGGCAUGCAUGCAGUUCCCAUCCAGGCCAAAACACAGCAUCAGAUUCUCAAGAAUUAGAGUUACAGACAAUUAUUACCUGGCUGCUGGCCACCAUGUGGGUGCUGGGAACUGAACCCAAGUCCUUUAGAAGAGCAGCCAGGGCUCUUAACCACUGAGUAAUCUCUGCAGCCCUACAACCUAUUAGUUGAUUGAAAUAAGAGUAGAUUCUGCAGGGGAAGAGUUAGAAAAGUUUUCAUUUUGAGCACUAACCCUUGAGAAUGAUUUUAAAUAUGUGUUCAUUUUGAUGGCUCAUAUACCUUCUUGCAAGCUGUCUUCAAGGCAGUGUUUCUAUAACAUGUCUUUAUCUACAGCACUGCACUGCUUAGAAACUGUUGUAACUCUUUAUCUACAGGACAAAGUCUACACAUCAAAGGUUGGAAUCAGGUUUCCCCUAUAGUCCAUCAACUGUGGUGAGGUCUGCUCACCAAGAGUAAAAAUUAACACAACAUUCUCUUGUGAUAAAAGUGUGGUUGUUAUUCUCCAAGACAAGCGCCGAAGAAUGCUGUAGUAUUUGAUACUGCUAUUCGGUAACUUUUAUUCUGCCAGUAUGGAGCCAACAGAUCAUUAACAUAGACACUAUUCAUAAGCCAGAACCUUGGGUAGCAACUUGCAAAGAAAGAACAAUGUCCAAGAGGCCAAAAACUCUAAAGAUAGCAGAGAGGUAGAGAGACAAGAAACAUUGUUGAGCAAAGGUACUUUUCAAUACAUAAACAAGAGGCCAGCAAGAUGGCCGGGAGUAAAAGUACUUGCUACCAAGAUGGCUCAGGGAUAAAGAUACCUGCUACCUAGCUUAACGAUCUGAGUUCAAUUCCUGGGGCCCAUGUGGCAGAAAGAGAGAACCAAAUCCCAUGAGUUGCCCUCUGACCUCCGUAUGAACAUUGUGACACUUGUGCACAUUUUCAUGAAAUCAGUCGAUAAGAUAUGAAAAACAAUUGGAAAUACUAAAGAAAAAUUAAAUAACAUAAGAUCAGAGGA